AGGAGACGCACAGUCAAGUCCUGCUCACAGGUCUGGUAGGGUGUGCAUAAUCCCGUGGGCAAGGGACUACCCGUGAGAAUCUACGUUUGACUAUAUGCAGCAGGCAACAGGCAAUACGUACCACGGGAAAAUUUACAUCCGAGACGUGUAUGUUGAUUUCAAGUGGAUUUUAUCUGUGCUUUAUUGUGUUCCAACAUUCACGAACCACUGCUAGAGACGCCUCUGAAUCGACAACUUGACAAGUACACGGGAAGUUAGACAAGGUUCGAUGAUUCCGUGAAGAAGGAAAAGGGAUUGUCGAAUUACCAGUGUUGCGUAUACACACAUACGCACUAGAUAUUCACGGCACGGUGGAGGUACGGACGGACUUUCAUACAGACGUUUAUAUCCCCUGGACAGUGUGGCGCGGUCAGUGAAAUUUAAUGAGCUGGGGGUAGGCAAGGAAGCUGGGGACACGUUCAGCAGGCAAGCAUGGCGAAACUGCGCUGUAGCAGGCGCUGUAGACAGACAAUCACCAUGCUUGUUAUCCCCUUCGUCUGCCUGCUAGGACUGAGCAUGCGAGAGAUCACUGAGCGCAUCGCCCACCACAACAAGGAGGUACGACGAGAGGCUAUGGCCCGGUUUUUGAAGGAGAACCCAUUCGUGGUGCAGCUGCAAAAUAGGAUUGCUUCCCGGCGGAUUAGAGCGUUGAUCGAACGGGAGACUAACGGCUAUCGCCUGACGGACGAAUCGCCGGUGAAGGACAUCGGCAGGAAUAUCAAACAGAUGGGCAGCGCCAGGGUGUAUCGUGACAUACCCAACUGCCCCACGGAUCACCCACUCUUCGGUCCAAUAGAGGUUAACAUUAACAAAACUCUGAAUGUGACGAUGGAGGAUGUGAUCAACAUUAACAGAGACGUUAAGAAGGGAGGAUUAUGGCGGCCUAGCCACUGUCGAUCUCCUCGCAGAGUUGGAAUUGUGAUUCCAUUUCGUAACCGAGAACAACACCUCAGGAUUCUACUCUAUCAUCUGCUGCCCCUGCUUAAACGUCAGCUUCUAGACUUCCAGAUUUUUGUUGUCGAACAGAUUGGCAACACAACGUUUAACAAGGGCAAGCUGAUGAACGCGGGUUUCCUAGAGGCUAUAUAUUUCGGUGACUUCCACUGUUUCAUAUUUCACGACGUCGACCUGAUCCCUGAAGAUGACCGGAUCCUGUACAGGUGUCCACGAACCCCUCGACACCUCUCAGUGGCUGUGGACACUCUUGACUACAAGUUGCCCUACGAUAAGCUUGUAGGAGGGGUUCUAAACAUGCCCGUGGACUCUUUCAUCGCAGUUAAUGGAUACUCAAACAUGUUUUGGGGAUGGGGAGGAGAGGACGACGAGAUGGGCGAAAGAAUCUAUGAAAUUGGAGCAAGAAUUCAAAGACCACCUGCAAACAUCGCUAGAUACAAGAUGAUAAUCCAUAAGAAAAGUCCCGCUGAUCAUUAUGAUGGAGUGCACAAGCUUCUGGAUACUGUACCAAAGCGAAUUUUAACAGACGGACUGAACAGUAUCCAAUACAGCCUAAAAGGAAUUCACUUCAAAAAGCUUUACACUCAUAUAUGGAUAGACGUAGGUCUGCCUCCCGAUUACAAGAAAAAUACUACACAGGAGACAAAAAGCGCACCAGACACUGCUUCAGAGAAGAGUGAUUUGCCAGAAGUGAAACAAACUGACAAAAACAAUGAGCAGUGGACAAAAAGCGACACCACACCAGAGAAGGAAGGCAGUGGAAGGAGCUGAUAUCGGGAAACCUGAUCAUAUGUUGUAUCAAGUAAAUCCGGUCAUCAGAUGACAAGUGCAAAUUUACUGACACGAAGCAACUACCCAUUUGCCGAUGCUUAGAAACUCCUUAUUUGUCAAUGCAGGACAACUACUCAUUUGUCGAUGCUUAAGAGCUCCUCAUUUGCCAAUGCAUUGAAACUGCUCAAUUGUCGAUGGGUAGCAACUACCCAUUUGCCCAUGCCUAGGAACCCCUCAGUUGUCAGUGCAUGGCAACUUUCAUUUGUCAAUGGGUAGCAACUGUUCAUUUGUCGAUGCUUAAGAACUCCUCAUUUGCCCACGCAUGGCAACUGCUCAUAUGUCGACAAUGUGUGUCAACUGUGCCUUGGUCUUCGUGUGGUAUGUGCUUCUUCACCACUGGCUGAACUCUUACCGGUGGCGUUGCGCCUGGGAGGUCAAGUAUUCCGUCCCAUAAGAGCUCCAGAAGAUAACUGUGAUAGUCCUGUGUAGGUAGACCGAGGUUUCACUUGUAGACGAAUCUCCAUACAAAGCCUGGGGAGCUCAUUUUCUACCUCAAACGGACGAAAGCCUCAACUAUUUUUGGGACAAAUAGAUCUGUGGCGAAAAUGAAAGGAUGGGUAGAGUUGAAAGCAUCUCAAUAUUCUGCCCCAAGUGCUCUCAUGUUGUUGUUGACACAUAACUUUUCCUCUUGCCAACAUAUCCCGAACCUAUUUUAGUACCUGUUAUGCGUGUUUUGUUGUUUUCAUUUGGCAUUUUGCAUUGUGAGUGCGCCAUGAAGAAUAUUUUGGCAUUGCUCUGUUUCCACAGACAUGCGGUUGCGUUUGCGAAAAUUCUUCCGAAAAUCGGAAUUAUAAAAAUACGCUGGAGUGUUUCCACGGAAUUCUCUAAAGUAUGCGCAUUAACGCAGAGCAAAUGGAACAUUUACGAUUUUUUUUUACGCUUCGGAUGAAGAUUUAUAACUGAGGUGGAUUGACAGUGUGAUGUAUAGAAUCGCAGCUGUCAACGUAUGGAAACAUUGUAAGAAGUAAUACGUCAGGUAAUCGCACGAAGAAAACGUCAAGUAAUCGUAUGAAGAAACCCAAACUUAAUCGCACGUCUGUGGAGACAUGGCUUAUGCGGAUCAUAAAUAUGAUCCCAGUGAUACUGUCAGAUCAUUCCCAAAGAUUUCUAGAUUCUGCCCCAGGUUAUGUCUAUGAAGAUCUCACGCCAGAACAGACUUGAUGUCGCAACAAGAUUCAGUCGUAUAGUGAUACGUGGUUGACUUGUGUAUCAAGUGACAGAUGACAGACUUUCUGGUGAGUGAUAUGGAGAUAUAUAUGUACAUAUUAUUGUGUAUAGGCGCAGAGCCGGAUGGCUUUGUUUUAGAGAUUCCAAGCGCUUAUUUCGUGGAAUCACAAAUGGGGUGAAAAAGGAAAAACAGUUCCUCCGUUAUUUAUUUAUUUUUUUUUUAUGGACCUGAAGGGAACCCUGAAUUGCCAAAGCAUGCACGACGGUGUGUAUGUUUUUAUUGUGAUCAAUCAUUUAAAUACCAUUUCAAGUCUCGCGUGAUUGCCCAAAUUGAUGUAGCGUUCUCAUACAGCCAUUUGACUAUAUAGGGGAGACCGAGGUAAGUUGAGCAAAGAGCUAAGAUGAACCACCUCCGUUAAAAAGUUUCAGGAUGUACAACGUAAAACAAAAGCACGAUAUAUAUUGUCACAAACAUGUGCUGACCUUUUUCACCUAGUUACAUAGUAGCAACACCACGGGAAAUAAACAACAAAAUCAGUUUUGACAAAAAGUGAAUACUGUUGAAACAGGUAUGUGUUCUUCUCUUAAACAGAUAAAUGAGAGUGAGCUUGGAACGAAUUUCACAUCUAAAACAUUAUACUUUAAUCAUUUGGUUUGUGAUGUAAAAUUAGUUUUAGCAUUACUAGCUUUUUAACUUCCAAGAAAAAAAGUAGUGCGGCUAGGCUGUGUAUGAUGAGGCAUAUAAGGUGAGCUAUGAACCAACUUACCCCAUAGGCUGUUGUUGACAUAUUUAGUUGUUCUUACAGCUUCAUUUUUAUCUUCUGCAGUCACACAUUUCUCAUGUCAGUCAUAUAAACCUACAAAUAUCCUUGAGUUUAGAUUUAAUUCAUUUGAUUUCAGAUCAACCCAGAUUAGAAUAAGCGAUAGAUAAGCAGAGGGAAAAGGUGCUUAUGAAUGUUCAAUUGAGCAAAUGAACAAAUGAAUUUGUCAACAGGAAAUCUGUUUUAUAAAUGAAAGCAUUGUUCAAAAUAUCGCUGAGCCUGCAACACUUGGGAGAUCUGCCCACAGAUCUACCCUACUCAAAUUCCCGUGUUACUUACAAAGCUACAAUAUACUAGUAAAAUAGGCACGUUUAAUUGCAUGCGCAUUAUCCAAUCUUUGUAGAACUUGUAACAAUGCUGGAAUAAAACAACUUAUUUAAUAAUAGAUAAGGGAUACUUGCUUCUUUAUGUGGCGACUCAACUUACCCCACGCUAUGGAUCAACAUACCCCAUUCUCGGGGUAUUUGAUCCACAAAGUCAACAUUUUUUUUAUUUCGCAUCUAAUAUAAAAGUAUUGUAUUUGAUAAAAUGGAAUGUUGUGUAUUUCUAAUUACAUUUUGUAAAGAAGUGUCUCAUCUUAACCCGGUCUCCCCUAGGCUCCUGUUACCACUGAAUAUCUGACUGACCAUCAGAUUGACGUUGUUAAUUAUUUUCUGCAAUUACAUGUAGUAUAUAACAGACAAGCUUGUCAUAUUAGUUAUAUUUAUCUCAAAUAGGGGCAUUCCACAAGAGCUAAAAUAAGCCUUAUGUUUCUAAGAUUAUGUGUUGGGAAUAGGCAUAUAUCGUCUGUUGAUUUAUGACCGUGGUGUUCAGUGUGCAGUGUAUGUUUAUACAUAUACUGGUAUGUAACUGCUGGGAGAUAGGUCAGUCAUCAAGGACAUUUGAUCAUGUUAUAAAUGACCCAAUCGCCGAUGUGUGGACAUGCCACGCACCAGUCUGGGUCCACUUUCCCGAAAACGUCAUGAAUCAAUUUUCAGAAACAUUUUGUCGUAGAUCGCCAUUAUAACAAAAGACAAUUUGAUUGAGGGAAAAUGGUACCUGAAAUCUGAUUAGGGAAGGUUUGCGGAAGUGGCUCCUCAGACAGUUUCCAGAUGAAGCCAGUGAGAUACAGUCGGGUUUGGGAUUAACCGAUCGUUAAUUCCAAUUUUGGGUGGUAGGCUGAGGAACGGUAAAUGACAUGUGAAUGCAAUUAUUAUUUUUUAUAAAAGAUCCCAUAGGUGGUUUUUAUGCUCAUUUUAUCACAUAUGGACAUCAUAAACGUUGUUAAACAUUCAUGUAUAUUUAUGCUCAAAAGUUAUGUUAAGGUUUGCUUAAUGACUGCCUGUUCGGGUAAUAUGACAAUGUGUACUUCAUGUGUUUUAACUAUGGCCAAUUUUUUUAACGCCUCUGUGCUGAGCACCUGCCAGUGACGUGAAUUACAAAAAAUCUCAUUAUAAACAAAGGACAAGUACAGCUAUCAUGAGUGUAAUGUUUUAUUGCAAUAUGUUUUACAUAUAUAAACAUGUAUUCAUAAGAGAGAAACGUGUAUGACCCUGAGCAGUGUAAGUGAAUUUAUUCUUUCAGCCAAUCAGGGACGUGUUUCUUUCUUGAGGUAGCAGUGAAAUUGGGAACAACCCUAUUAUCUAUCUUGAUUGGUUCAGUGAUGUUGCUAUGGUGCCAUAUUACUGACGUAACUUGAAGUUUGAAAGAAAGUCACUGAACAAGCUGGAAUGAGGAAGUUUGUUUAAUGGUUAAAUUAAACGAAGCCGGAUUUGAUUCAUGUCAACAAAUUAUACAUAUAACUUUAAAUGCAGAACAAGGCCUGUGCGAAAAUCCAAAGUCACACUUGUCCUUAAAAGUAUGCCAUGCCCGCGCUGUUAUGCAGAUUGCUCUGGGGCACCUUCCAUAAAUCCAUCUCUCACCUUGACUCAAGCAUUCUGACGUGCUUUUUGAUUUUGACUUAAGACAGAAUUGGCUUUGUGGAGUCAGCCACAGAAUACUACACUGACUUGAAAUCGUAUUUCUAAACGUAAUAUAUAUCACGGCAUGGGUGACAAUAUGGAACACACUCCAUCCUUAUUAUGGAUAUAUAAAACAGCAGAUCCAGUCAUCAGUCACUGCACAUUUGUGGCCUUUAAUUUUUCUUUAGCACAAAGCGUGACCAUUGUUAGUAGUUUUGAAAGUACCUUUUCUUCCCUAGUAAUUAAUGAAUUCAGUCGUAGUCGUAUUUCCAAUCCAGUUAGAGUUGGA